AUGCCUCCGCUGCCAAACCCACCGUUUGUCUUCCCUGCUCGAGACCCGGACGCUGCCGACGAGUCCCAGUCGGAAAUGGAGCGCCAAACACCGCCCGCUCUCCCAUCGUUUUCAUUCAACCCCGGGGCGGGCCAGUCUUUGCAGCCUGCGCCACCACCGAAUCUUCGUGGUGGGGGACAUCGACGACGGCCAAGCGAAUUCGUGGGAGGUGAUCAAUUGGUGACACCACCAGAGACAGGGGUUACUGGGGACAAGCGGGAAGAACCUUCCUCUCCGACACAACCGAGCGCUCCGUCGGGACCUCCACCUGGACGAGGCCCUGGACGACGACAUCACGCGCAUCGUCGCUCGGCCGCGGUGUCCGGUGUCGACCUGAACGCUAUUCAGAAAGCAUUGGGGUCCAACCCAGCUGCGCCAAGCGCUCCUACUACCCCUGGAGAUCGGACUUUUGAUACCGGGCUUGAGGAUAAUAAACGGCCGCUUUCCUAUUCCGCGACCAGCCUUGGCCGUCCGACGCCUCCAGCAUCCCCUCAAUUUUCACCGGUUCCACCAGUUCCUCCCGUUCCACCUGUUCCUCCAGUUCCGAGCGCCAUUCACAUUGAACCUGCCCCAGGCACCGAUAAUGAAGAUAGUGUACGGCCGUCGACUGCAGUAUCGCAGGAGGCCUAUCCGAGCCCUGCAGCUGUCAGAUUCGAGUCUUCUGAUAAUCUUGCGCCCGUCGACUAUGUGCCCGUGCCGAAACGCACGUCCAAGCCGCGGCCGAAAACUGCCGACGCUUCUUUGGCAUUCGAUUUGAUGCAGAGUCAAAACGUCCCCGAAGUUCCAUCAGUUAAGCGUUCGAAGUCUACAGGGCAUUCGCGCUCUCGCAAGAGUGUAUCAGCCGGUCAUCUCGAUGCCCUAGCGCAUGAGGACGCGCACUCCACUGACACGUCUCGCCCUUCAUGCUCAGACGAUGGAUCCGAAUCGUCAAGCGAUACAGAACAUGAAGGGGAUGCCCACCCAACCAAGAAGUCACGGUCAAAGAAGAAACAGAAGCGCGUUCGAUCCUGGGCUGGCUCCCUUUUGACUCGAGGCAAAGGAAAACGCCAUGCUAAGCCAGAAAACGAGAAGUCCGAGAAGGCCGACAAAUCCGAAAAGAAAGAAAAGCCAACUCUCAGCUCUCCACUUAUGCGGACCAACUCGGAUAUUGGGUCGGUUAUGGAAGUUGAUUUUGAUAAUGACGAUGUGGUUGUUAUUCGAACCCCAACCACCGCUGAUGCCCCAGUUUCAGCCGCGGAACGUGAUGAAGACAUUCCUCCUGUGCCUGCCGUUUCUCUCGAAUCCUCAUGGAAACCCCGAAGCUUCUAUGAACAGACUGCGCAAGACGAAGUGCUGAGUAGCCCAAUCAUCGACCUUGAUGCCGCCCUUGGCCCCUUCAACACCCCUGACAUGCGCCCCGCCAAAGGGGGUCCCAGCAAGUUUUCCGUGGCAACUCAACGCAUGUACAGUGGUGGACGCCGUGGUGAAUUUGUCGGCCCGGAAAUGCGGUAUCAUCGCCGUGCAGAGAGUGCCCCGAUUAUGGCACCGUUUGACCGCAGCGCUUUGAGUAAUCCUCGUUUAGGAGGCGCAACAGGAGUGGAAACUCCCGACGUUUUCUACGAGGAGGAAGAGGAUGCGUUCUUAGCAGCCAAUCAAUCACCCAGGAACGAACCUGUUACUCGCGAGAGCGCCCCUGCAUUCUCGUCUUCAGAGGACGACAAGGAAUCCUUGAAGAGUGAUGACACUGGCGACACUCUAACUCGGGCACCUGAGCCUGCACAUGAAGCUACCCCGGAGCCGAAAUUGGAACCUGUGUCGACAUCUGCACCUGUAUUUGCACCCGAGCCCCUUUCCGCACCUGGCUCUCCCCGACACAAGGGUCUUGGAAUUCAGUCCUCUGAGGAGGUCGCGAACCCUAAGAAUGCACCUGCUCCUAUUGCCCGAACCGGAAGACAACCUCUGCACAGCGCCAACCCCUUUGGGCCACCUCGCAGUCCGGUAGAGAUCUUGAGAUCGGAAGAAUCUGUGACUCGAGCGCCGUGUCCUCCCAGUCCCGAUGUCUCGCCUGGCUUUCUGGCUGUUGACAAACGACCGGCCACAUCUCCUCACGAACUUCCUCCUAGCAUUCCUCCAUUCUCUCUGUCAGCUGGUGUUUCGCCCUCGGAUUCAUCUUUCCCAUCGCCCGAUGCUCCCCGAUCUUUUAAUGAUCGUAAUUUCUCGAGUCACUCCUACCACAAUCUCCCUACGUCAGAUUACUACAAUUAUGCUUCCGUUGAAGAUGUUCCAUCUCUCACCAGCAGUGCUUCGACAAUGACCAACACCAUGAACCGCUUCUCUGCUUCAUUUUUCCCUCGAGCUCGCUUGUCGACUGACCGAGCCGCGUCCUUCUCCGCUACUGUUCACCGACGUAGCAGUCAGGCCAACGCAUCCAAGAGAUCUAGCUUGGCUAGCCUUUCCAAGCUAGUUGGUGGACCGCACUCCGAGCGAAGCAAACUUUACCAAGAAGAGAAGCCGCCGGGCGAUUCUUCCGAAAAGUCCAAAAAGAAGGGCCGCCGCCUCAGCAGACUGAUGCAUUUCUGGAAAUUGAAGGACAAGGAGAAGACAAGUACCGAAGCGGCCGCACCCCUUGAACGCCCGCGCUGA